AAUGAGAGUUGCUAGGCAGAGCUCUAAAACAUAUCGUGACAAGAUAUUUCUAUGCACAAAAAAAUUGGGGUUGCCCGUGAUGAAACAGGAGCUUUCGUUGAUAGCAAUGGCAAGCCCGAAUAUGUUCGCCAACAAUGUCAAGAGAGUUGAAACGGCUCGGUAUAGACACGAUUGACUUGUAUAGCUUUGUCGUAUGGAUAAGAAUACCCCCAUCGAAGAAACCAUGGGCGCUCUGGCUGAGCCAAUCCAAGAAGGAAAAUUACGUUAUGUUGGCUUAUCCGAAUUCAAUGAAGAAGCGCUGCGCCGUGCGCACAAAGUACAUCCGGUCACAGCCAUCGAAGUAGAAUACUCGCCCUGGUUCUUAAAAAUUGUGAAAAGGAUGGAGUACUCGAGGCAGCGCGCGAAAUGGGUGUUUCGAUUAUCGCCUAUAAGCAGGUACGACUAGUUACGGUCGUGCAAUAAUGACAGACGAUAUUAAAUCCUUGAAUGAUCUUGCUGAAGAUGAUUAUCGACGUGAUAUGUCUCGAUUGCAUACAGGCGACUUGGAGAAGAAUCUGGAGCUGAAUAACAAGCUCAAGGUUUUAGCAGAUUAAAGAGGUGUUUCGGCAAGCGAGUUUGUUUUGGCAUGCAUUCUGGCAAAGGUCCAGAUUUCUUUGUGAUCCCCGGUACGGGGAAGAUCAAGCAUCUUGAACAGAAUUCUGAUGCAUAUAAACUUGCAACGUCCCAGGCUUUCGUUGAAGACUAUAAAGAUAAACAAUUGC